CGCCAUCAUUAACGGAGAUUGUCAGAUCUGCAAAACCUUCCAUCAGACUCAGAUGAGUGGUUGUAGUUUUCCAGAGAAACGAAAGCUACUGUCUUACCAAGGGCAUCAUGUCCGGCCCAGGGUCACAGAGGCCGUCCAAGAGCCGGAAAACCGGUUCCCUGUCCAAUGGCAUGAAAAACAUCCACAUCGAUGAGGGAGUCAAAAUCUCCGUGAACAUCGCGCUGGAGAAUUUUCGCUACAACGAUGAGAAAGAGAUGGAGUUUCCCUCGUCCCUGACCAGCACGGAGAGGGCGUUCAUCCAUCGGACGGCUCAGUCCCUGGGAUACAUUUCUAGGAGCAAAGGGAAAGGAUCAAAUCGCUUCCUCACCCUGAGGAAAAAGAGCUGUACGGACAAACCUCGGCCUUCCAUGCCCCUCCCACUCUCCCAAAAUUCCAUAUAUUCCAUCCGCAGCCUUCUGCAGCGGUUCCCCGUCAGCAAUAAGGAGCGCAUAGACAUGCAGCCCAACACCAGAAGUGGCCUGUCAGUGUCUUCAGAAACUGACGGCGGCUGUGACCGGGCGAGUGGGCGCUUGAACAACGGCAUUCCCACGGUGCCUCACAGGAGGAGUCCGUCAGAGCUGGACAGUUUCCGGCGCUCGCUGCCUGUUGCCGAACGCCAGGAGGAGAUCGUCCGCGUGAUCAGAGAAAACCGGGUGGUGCUGGUGGUGGGAGAGACCGGCUCUGGGAAAACUACCCAGAUCCCACAGUUCCUGCUGGAUGAUUGCAGCAGGAAGGGCGAGCCCUGCAGGAUCUUCUGUACGCAGCCCAGACGCCUGGCCGCCAUCGCCGUGGCUGAGAGGGUGGCGGCCGAGAGAGGAGAGCGAGUGGGCCAGACGGUCGGCUACCACAUCAGACUGGAGAGCAGGGUAUCCCCCAAGACACUGCUGACCUUUUGCACCAGUGGAGUCUUCCUCCGGACGCUGAUGUCUGGAGAUGCCAGCCUGACAAACGUCACGCAUGUCAUCGUGGACGAGGUGCAUGAGCGCGACGGUCUGACCGACUUCCUGCUCACUAAGAUGCGAGAUGUGCUUCAGAAGAUCCCCACACUGAAGCUGAUCCUCUCCAGUGCAGCACUGGACGUAGACCUAUUCCUGCAGUACUUCGGCUCCUGCCCCAUCAUCCAUCUCAAAGGACGACUGUUUGAAGUGAAGGAGCUCUUCCUUGAGGAUAUCCUGCGGCUCACAGGCUUCAAAAACAAGGACAUGAAGAAGUACAAGGAAGAGACACAGAGAAAGGAGAAGAAACAGAAGAACUUAAAGGAGUGGUGUGAGGUGGUGGUGAGCAGCUGUGAUGAGGAGAGACGGAUGACUCCCGUGUCUAUCCCGGCCUUCCUGCUGGAAAAUAAGCAGAUGGAGAACGACACGGAGCAGCUGGAGCCGUGGCUGCUGAAGGAGAUGGACUCGUGCAUCACCAACAUCUUCCUGAAUGAAGACCAGGAUGCUUUCAUUCAGCUCUUCAACCUCAUCCUCUAUGAGAAUGUGAACGUGGACUACCGGCACACCGAUACCGGCUCCUCCGCUCUGAUGGUGGCAGCGGGACGAGGCUUCCUCCCACAGAUGGAGCAGCUGCUCAACAUGGGGGCGGACAUCAACCUGAAGGCGUCCAAUGACUGGAUGGCCUUAGACUUUGCCACUCACUUCCAGCAGACAGAGGCGAUCGAUCUGCUCAAAUCUUCCAUUCCUCUGGGAGAGGUGAGCAGCAGACGGGACGAGUCCUCCCUGGUGCUGCACACUGCAGAGAUAGGCCCCGAACAGCAGGAGCUGCUCAAACUCUACCACCACAGCUUUGACGAUGACUUUGUGGACCUGGGCCUCAUCAUGGAUCUGAUGCACAACAUCUGCUCCACCACCAGUGAAGGCGCUCUCCUGGUUUUUCUGCCUGGAUAUGAUGACAUCGUGUCACUCAGGGAUCGCCUCCUGUACGACGAUAAGAGAUUCUCCGCCCACUCUGAGAGGUACCAGGUGUUCACUCUACAUUCAGACAUGCAGACUCUGGAUCAGAGGAAAGCCAUGAAGCCCUCUCCACCCGGGAUUAGGAAGAUAAUUCUCUCCACUAACAUCGCCGAGACGAGCAUCACCAUCAACGACGUGAUUUUCGUCAUAGAUUCAGGGAAGGUCAAAGAGAAGUCCUUUGACACCCUCAGUCAUGUGUCCAUGUUGAAGACGGUGUGGAUCUCCAAAGCCAGCGCUCUGCAGAGGAAGGGAAGAGCCGGGCGCUGCAGACCUGGGAUCUGCUUCCACCUCUUCAGUCGCCUCCGGUUCAGCAACAUGCUGGAGUUCCAGGUUCCACAGCUGCUGAGGAUGCCACUGCAGGAGCUGUGUCUGCAGACCAAACUGCUGGCCCCCUCCUCCUGUCCUGUCGCCGACUUCCUGUCCAAAGCGCCGCAGCCUCCUUCUGCACACGCCAUCAGGAACGCUGUGCAGAUGCUGAAGACAAUCGAUGCCAUGGACCAGAAUGAAGACCUGACUGAUCUGGGCUACCACCUGGCUGACCUCCCUGUGGAGCCCCACCUGGGCAAGAUGGUGCUGUGCGCCGUGGUGCUCAAGUGUCUGGACCCCAUCCUCACCAUCGCCUGCACGCUGGCCUACCGGGACCCCUUCGUCCUUCCUGCCCAGGGGUGUCAGAAAAAAGCUGCCCUGCAGUGUCGCAAACGCUACACCUCCAACACCUUCAGCGACCACAUGGCCCUGCUGAGAGCCUUCCAGGCAUGGCAGAAGGCCCGCAGUGACGGCUGGGAGCGGUCCUUCUGUGAGAAGAACUUCCUGUCCCAGGCCACCAUGGACAUGAUACUGGGCAUGAGGACACAGCUGCUGGGACAGCUGCGGGCCAUCGGUUUCGUGCGAGCCCGUGGCGGCAGCGACAUCCGCGACGUGAACCUGAACUCUGAGAACUGGGCCGUGGUGAAGGCGGCCCUGGUGGCUGGCAUGUACCCCAACCUGGUCCAUAUCAACCAGGACACCUCCCUGCCCUCCAGUUACAGAGAGAAGAAGGUCCACUUCCAUCCCACCUCCGUCCUCAACCAGUCCAAGCUCAAGGAGAACGGCCCAUCCAAAUCUUCACCCCAGGCCCUCCCCACAGACUGGCUGAUCUACGAUGAGAUGAGCCGGGGCCACCGGAUGGCCAGUGUCCGCUGCUGCUCCAUGGUCACGCCCAUCACCGUGGCCAUCUUUGGAGGCUGUGCCAAACUCCCCAGCUCCGCCCUGCAGCAGCCUCCUUCACAGAGAGCCUCUGACAGUUUACUGGACAGCGACAGUGAGAGCGAGGAGCUCGCUGAGUUCAGCCUGGACGACUGGCUCAUCUUCCAGCUGGACAGCGAGGCUGCAGGCGCGGUGUUUGAACUGAGACAGAAGUGGCAGAACUUGUUCAUCAAGAGGAUCCGAUGUCCUUCAAAGCCCUGGACUCAACAGGACGAGGCUAUCGUCCGGACCGUGGUUUCAGUGCUGGUCGCAGAGGAGCAGGGAGCCGGCCUGCAGCAACCCACAGGGAUCGGUCAGCGGCCCCGGCCCGUUUCAUCAGAGGACGAUCCCCAGGCUUUUAUGAAGAACUCAAAGAGCAGCCCCCAACCACCCAGCAACACUUCCACUGACUGGUCUUGUCUGAUGCCAGCCUCUUCCAGCCUGCUGCAGAGGAAGGCGUUCUGCAUUGACGAGGCCCCGCUGUCUGUUAAUCCUCUGUCUAAAGAACCCCCCUCCUCCAGUUACUCCUCCUGCUCUGUGAGCCUGGACAGCUCCGCUCCUUCCAACUCAGAAAAGAUCUCAACGCCUCUGUCCUCUCAGCUGGCCUUGUCCUCCGUGCGGCACUUCAUCAUGAAGAGCAGCAGUCUGAGGAACAUCGAGAUCUCUCAGCAGAAGGGGAUCUGGUCCACCACCCCGAGCAACGAGAGCAAACUCACCAAGGCCUUCCUCGAGAACAAACUCAUCAUCCUCAUCUUCUCCGUGCAGGGCUCCGGACACUUCCAGGGCUACGCUCGCAUGACCUCCAUCAUCAGUCAUGAGAGCUGCCAGGACUGGGGCUUGAUGGGGCUGGGGGGGGUGUUCAGUCUGGAGUGGAUCCACAGGGAGAGUGUUCCCUUUCUGUGCACACAACACAUCCUGAACCCAUGGAACGAGAACAAGAAGGUCCAGAUCAGCAGGGACGGACAGGAGUUGGAGCCGCAGGCAGGCAGCCAGCUGUUGUCUCUGUGGGAGAGAAGCUCAGCGGAUCCCGCUCAAUAACAGUCGCUUCACACUCAUCCUGAGCGACAUGCAUUCAUUGAUGGAAAGGUGUAUUUUUCUACCAGAUCUCUGAGAUAAUCUAUUCUAUUUUGCAUUAAAAGGACCACACUACCGGUUAGGGCCAGGGGGACGAUGAUCUGAUCCAGUGGACUUUAUUGUUGGUUUCUAUUUAUUUGAGUUCUCGGUUUUCAUCUCUUUGUAUUCUAAAUGGUACCCAUGUUCUUAUCAAGCAGUUUAUUCACAAUCAAAUGUGCUUAUGUUUUAUUGUGGAGAGAAAUAGGUUUGUUUAACUAUUAAGACGUGAUAAAUACAGAAGCUGCAGUUCCUCAGUUUGUUGUCAUGUCAGUUCUUAUGGUAAUGUUUUGACCACCAAUACACACAUUAACUCUGCUUCUCCGCUCAUGCACUCAGACAUCCCGUCUCUUAGAAUAGUUGAGCGUGUUCUGUGUAAAGGUUUAUGAGACUCGUGACGUUUCUGGGAUGAGAAAUUGUAAUAUAUGUUGUUGAAUUUCAAUUUUGCUGCUGUUCGAAAAGUGUUAGACCGUUGUUUGGCUCAUGUGUGUUAAUGCGCUGACAUAAAUAAACAGUGGUUUCAUUUUAAAACUCUGUCUGCUUUAAAGUAACUGCAAGUGCAUUCCGUAAAAUAAAUGACUUGUGUUAAAUACCAAGUAAAUGAUUAUGCAUGAUGUAUGAAACAUAACUUUUGUUUCAUACAUCAUGCAUGUAGUUUAUCACGUAUGUGCAAUGUAAAUCAGCUGCGCACAUAAGGUCAAAGUCAACUAAAUGAGGACAAAAGGAUCUGCAGUGGAAACUCAGGUGUGUGCAGGGAGGUUAUUAAAUCACUGACAUGGAGGUAAU